GGUAGAAAAAGGAGUCUUCUCAGCCGCACUUUCUGACCUAACUUCCCGGGAGUCGCUCAAAAGUAGGGCCCCAGGGCUCGGAGCAGCUGGGUAUGGGUACCGAGAAUGAAAGCCCAGAACCGGACUGCCAGAAACAGUUCCAGGCGGCAGUCAGCGUCAUUCAGAACCUGCCUAAGAAUGGCUCUUACCGCCCCUCCUACGAAGAGAUGCUACGAUUCUACAGCUACUACAAGCAGGCUACCAUGGGGCCCUGCCUGGUCCCCCGGCCUGGGUUCUGGGACCCCAUUGGACGAUAUAAGUGGGACGCCUGGAACAGCCUGGGCAAGAUGAGCAGGGAGGAGGCCAUGUCCGCCUACAUCACUGAGAUGAAGCUGGUGGCACAGAAGGUGAUCGACACAGUGCCCCUGGGCGAGGUGGCAGAGGACAUGUUUGGUUACUUCAAGCCCCUGUACCAGGUGAUCCCUGACAUGCCGAGGCCCCCGGAAACCUUCCUGAGAAAGGUCACAGGUUGUAAAGAGCAGGUACUGAAUGGAGAUGCUGGGGCUGCCCCAGAGCCUUCCUGCCUCCCCGAGGAACCAGCACCCCCAAACCCAGAGUCCCAGCCACCCAGGGACCUGGACUCUGAGUUUUUCUCUGAUUCUCUGGAGCAGCUGGAGCCUGAGCUGCAGGUUUGGGCAGAGCAGAGGGGUGCCCUUGGAGGGGAGCCUGACUCCAGAAACAGCCCUGUGCCCCCCCGAGAGAAAGAGGGAUUGGAGGGCAGCCUGCUGGGGCCCCAGGAAUUGGAUACGUGGCUGAUGGGGACAGUUCGGGCACUGCAGGAGAGCAUGCAGGAAGUCCAGGGGAGACUGCAGAGCCUGGAGAGCAUGCCCAGCCCCCCCAAGCAGCAGAGGCCCUCGCCCAGUGCCCGGCCUUGGCCCCUCAGGCUCUCGGGUCCCAUGCUGCUCUUCUUCCUCCUGUGGCCCUUCAUUGUCCAGUGGCUCUUCCGACAGUUUCGGACCCAGAAGAGGUGACUCAAUGGAGGAGUCUCUGCAGCCAGUUGAGGAGGCUGUGAGCCCCCUGUCCUGCUGUGCCCUGAGCCUUCCUAGGGUUUAGGAGAACAGCAUUAACUCCCGUCCUCUCCACCAAUGUGUUUGCCUUGGCACCCCUCCCCUAAUGGGGGGCCGGAUAAGACACCACCCUUCCCUGCAGCUUCACUUGGACGCUUCCUCCCUUCCCCCCAAGCGCCCCAGGCUCCCCUGGGAGGCUGCAGUGGCGGUGCACAGCCCCGGUUCUGGGUUGGCUGGGGACUCUAGGGCGGGGCUGCUGGGUCUCAGCCUCUGCCCGCCCCUCCCCGGGUCACCUGACUUUUUCCCCCUAGCUUCUCCCGAUGGAGGCUCAGCUCUUGGGCAAGUUGGGACUUGGGCCGGGGCCUGGAAGAAUGAUUGCCUGGGAGGCGGCGGGAGGGAGGCCAGGAGGCCCGGCCGAGUUGGGGGAAGGCGGAGAGAGCAGGCCCCAGGGGAGGAGAGUGAGCUCCGUUUUGCUGGCCUCCCUCCCCAGCCGCUCUCCCCCACACACACUCAGGACGUCUUCACCGAAGAUUCCCUUACAAAUGAAUGUUUCACUAAAUAAAAUAAAACCUCAAUCUUCUGCC